AAACAUGGAAAUUAAGCCUUGAAAAGCUUAUCCUAAUGAAGUUCAUAUCAGUCUUCAUCCUCGUGAAUUGUCUUGUCUCACAUUCUUCAUUGCAUACUGAUAGAAAGCAGGCCCAGGCCAAAGCGAAUGAGAGAUCAGGGGAACAUUUUUCUAUAUUUCAUAAAAUAAUUUAUAAAGAUAGUUUCUGACUCUCAACAAGGUGAGGGUUUGAAGGUUUUUGUGUGAAUGAAUGAAAUAGGUCGUCGAGUGAUGAGCAAGUGUACCUGUAAAGUAUAAUGGCAAAUUAUUAUUAAAUUCUAACAAAAUAAUAUCAUAUUAAAAAUAAAAUUUAAAAUUUAAAAUAUACUUAAAAAUUUAUAAUUAUUAAAAUAAAAAUUGUGAAUAAAAUAUUUAUAAAAUUUUAACUUCAAAUUCAAUCACAAUUAUUUAUUUUAGUAUAUUUAUUUAUUUAACAUUUCCCAGUUAUCCAUUUCCAUCCGACGAGUCCAGACAUUUACUUGUCUAUUUGAUUGGCUGUUUUUUUCUCUGUCCUACGUGCUAAUUUGGGUACACACAGUCGUCAUACAGGGUUUUGGGGCCCACGACGAAACGCUUGCGAGCCACCACCAUCGCACUGAAACCGUGAGCACUGUCCACCACCGCACAGAAACAGACCAUCACCACGCGAGACUGAGAGAGGAGGCGCGCGACACCACGCACCACGCGACGCGAGGGAGAGCGGCGCCGGUUCCCACAGCAGCGGCGGUUCUGACAGUAGCGAAGCCACCACGAACAGGGGCUUAUAAUUGUCUUCCAAUAGGAUGGGGAGUGUUACUGAAGGGAAGUUGAGGUUUUGUAUAGACAGAGGGGGCACAUUUACUGAUGUGUAUGCAGAAAUCCCGGGUCGGUCUGAUGGCCAAGUUUUGAAGCUUCUGUCAGUUGACCCUCUGAACUAUGAUGAUGCACCGGUGGAAGGGAUAAGGAGGAUCCUCGAAGAAUUCGUUGGUGAGAAAAUUCCACGCAACUCCAAGAUACCCACUGACAAGAUUGAGUGGAUAAGGAUGGGUACAACUGUAGCAACAAAUGCACUUUUGGAGCGUAAGGGAGAAAGGAUUGCUGUGUGUGUGACUCAAGGCUUUCGUGAUUUGCUUCAGAUUGGGAACCAGGCUCGCCCCAGCAUAUUUGAUUUGACCGUGUCAAAGCCUUCAAAUCUCUAUGAGGAAGUUGUAGAGGUUGAAGAGAGAGUUCAGCUUGUUCAGUCUGAGGAAGAAGAAGAAAAUCAGGGUGCUUCUUCAUUACUGGUUAAAGGAAUUUCAGGUGAGCUUGUCAGGAUUGUGAAGCCUCUUAAUGAAGAAGUGCUGAAGCCUAUACUGAAAAGGUUAUUGGAGAAAGGAAUUAGCUGUUUGGCUGUUGUUCUAAUGCAUUCAUACACUUAUCCACAACAUGAACAACAGGUUGAGAAGUUAGCUUUGAGUCUGGGAUUCAGACAUGUUUCUAUAUCAUCUGCUUUGAGUCCCAUGGUUCGUGCUGUUCCUCGUGGUCUAACAGCUAGUGUAGAUGCUUAUCUGACCCCAGUUAUUAAAGAAUAUCUGUCAGGAUUCAUCUCCAAAUUUGAUGAGGGAAUUGGAAAGUUGAAUGUUUUAUUUAUGCAAUCAGAUGGAGGACUUGCUCCUGAGAGUUCCUUCUCAGGGCACAAAGCAAUUUUGUCUGGCCCUGCAGGAGGAGUUGUUGGUUACUCACAAACUCUUUUUGGGCUUGAAACGGAUAAGCCAUUAAUUGGGUUUGAUAUGGGAGGAACAUCUACAGAUGUGAGUCGAUAUGCGGGUAGCUAUGAGCAAGUGCUAGAAACCCAAAUUGCUGGUGCCAUCAUUCAAGCACCUCAGCUGGAUAUAAACACUGUAGCUGCUGGCGGUGGUUCAAAGUUGAAGUUCCAAUUUGGUGCCUUUCAAGUUGGACCCGAAUCGGUUGGAGCACACCCUGGUCCUGUAUGUUAUCGGAAAGGUGGAGAGUUGGCAAUUACUGAUGCCAACCUAAUUCUGGGAUAUGUUAUUCCUGAUUAUUUCCCUUUUAUAUUUGGGCCAAAUGAAGAUCAGCCUCUUGACAUCGAGUCCAGCAAGGGAAAAUUUGAGGAGCUUGCUAGACAAAUUAAUGCUCAUCGAAGAAAACAGGAUCCAUCUUCAAAAGACAUGUCGGUAGAAGACAUUGCACUUGGGUUUGUGGAUGUUGCCAAUGAGACAAUGUGUCGUCCAAUAAGGCAGUUGACUGAAAUGAAGGGACAUGAGACAAAGAACCAUUCACUUGCAUGCUUUGGAGGUGCUGGACCUCAGCAUGCUUGUGCUAUUGCAAGGUCAUUAGGUAUGAAAGAAGUGCUUAUUCACAAAUUGUGUGGGAUCUUAAGUGCAUAUGGAAUGGGAUUGGCAAAUGUUGUAGAAGAGGCACAGGAGCCUUAUUCUGCAGUAUAUGGAGCUGAAUCUAUUAUUGAGGUCUCACAACGAGAAGCUGUUUUACUAAGACAGGUAAAACAGAAGUUGCAAAAUCAAGCAUUUAAAGAGGAAAAUAUUUCAACAGAGACGUACUUAAACUUGAGAUAUGAAGGUACAGACACUGCCAUCAUGGUCAAAAGACAAAUAGCUGAAGAUGGACAAUUAUAUGAUUAUGCCACUGAGUUUGUGGGAUUGUUUCAGCAGGAGUACGGUUUUAAACUCCAGAACAGAAACAUUGUGAUAUGUGAUGUUAGAGUUCGUGGUAUAGGAGUUACCAAUAUAUUGAGGCCCCAGGCUAUAGAGCCUGCAUCUGGCAGUCCUAUAGUCGAAGGCUACUAUAAGGUUUACUUUGGGAAUGGUUGGCAGGAAACACCUCUCUAUAAGCUUGAUAAGUUGGGUUAUGGGCACAUGAUGUCUGGCCCAGCAAUCAUCAUGAAUGGCAAUAGUACUGUGAUUGUAGAGCCCAACUGUAGAGCAACCAUAACCAAAUAUGGAAACAUCAGGAUUGAAAUAGAAUCUCCUUUGACCAGUAUUAAAAUAUCAGAUAAAGUUGCGGAUGUUGUACAGCUCUCCAUCUUCAAUCACAGAUUUAUGGGUAUAGCUGAGCAGAUGGGAAGGACACUACAAAGAACUUCCAUUUCAACAAAUAUCAAAGAACGACUUGAUUUUUCCUGUGCUCUUUUUGACCCUAGUGGGGGCCUAGUUGCAAAUGCGCCUCAUGUUCCUGUCCAUCUAGGUGCUAUGUCUAGUACAGUUCGGUGGCAGCUCAGUUACUGGGGUGAGAAUCUAAGUGAAGGAGAUGUUUUGGUUACUAACCAUCCAUCAGCCGGAGGUAGCCAUCUUCCUGAUAUAACUGUUAUUACACCUGUUUUCUUCAAUGGGAACGUGGUAUUUUUUGUGGCAAAUAGAGGGCAUCAUGCAGAGGUUGGGGGUACUACUCCUGGAAGCAUGCCUCCAUUUUCAAAGUCCAUAUUAGAGGAAGGAGCGGCCAUUAAGGCAUUUAAGCUUGUGGAAAAGGGCGUCUUUCAAGAAGAGGGGAUCAUUAAACUUCUGCAGUUUCCAAGUUCUGAUGGUCAGGGAAAUAAGAUUCCAGGAUCUCGCAGAAUUCAAGAUAACUUAUCAGAUCUUCGAGCACAGGUAGCAGCAAAUCAAAGAGGAAUUACUCUAGUUCAAGAGCUCAUUGUGCAGUAUGGUCUGGAAACUGUUCAGGCUUACAUGAAUUACGUACAGGUGAAUGCAGAAGCAGCGGUAAGAGAGAUGUUGAAAUCUGUUGGUCAUAGCAUUUCAUCCAAGUCAAAUGAAUUUGCGACUAUUGAAGAAGAGGACUACAUGGAUGAUGGAUCCAUUAUUCAUUUGAAACUGAGUAUUGACUCUAAUAAAGGAGAAGCAGUUUUUGAUUUUGCUGGGACAAGUGCUGAAGUUUAUGGUAACUGGAAUGCGCCAGAAGCUGUAACAGCUGCAGCUGUCAUAUACUGUGUUCGCUGUUUAGUGAAUGUUGAUAUUCCUCUCAAUCAAGGUUGCUUGGCUCCAGUGAAGAUUCUUAUCCCAGAGGGCUCAUUUCUCUCUCCUAGUGAUACUGCUGCUGUAGUAGGGGGUAAUGUCCUUACAUCACAGAGGAUAACUGACGUUAUAUUCACUGCAUUUCAAGCCUCUGCUUGUUCACAGGGAUGUAUGAAUAAUUUUACAUUUGGAGAUGAUACCUUUGGUUACUAUGAAACCAUUGGAGGUGGAAGUGGAGCUGGUCCUACUUGGGAUGGGACCAGUGGGGUACAGUGCCACAUGACAAAUACAAGAAUGACUGAUCCUGAGAUAUUUGAGCAAAGAUAUCCAGUGAUUCUGCACAAGUUUGGACUUAGAGAAAACAGUGGUGGAGAUGGGUUUCAUAAAGGUGGCGAUGGUCUACUUAGAGAAAUAGAGUUUAGGCGCCCAGUUAUUGUUAGCAUUCUUUCUGAGAGGCGUGUCCAUGCACCAAGAGGGCUCAAGGGAGGGAAAGAUGGUGCUCGUGGAGCUAACUACCUUAUAAAGAAAGAUAAACGAAAGAUUUAUCUUGGUGGUAAGAAUACAGUUGAGGUGCUUCCAGGUGAAGUUCUUCAAAUUUUGACUCCUGGUGGCGGCGGAUGGGGUUCUCCAUUGUAAUGUUUCUUGUCUGUUGGAUAAGAACAUUGUGAGGAACCACUUUAUGUUUGCUGUUUUGGUUACAUGGCAUCAAAAGUUGUCUUGUUAUUAUGGAUUGAUAUCCUAUACACAUCAAUAAAAUUAAAAAUAGUUGGAUCUCCAUCUUAAUAUAUAUUUGUUCAAUUAUACCCUCAACAUGAUCACACAAUUUCCUUAACUGUUCGCUUACACAAUUUUUUAUUUUAUUUCAUAAUGUUGAGAUGCUUCUAUCAAACAUAAAAUCUGUGCAAUCUUUCUCAGAGAUUGGAUCUCCAAUCUUCUGUUCAUUCAUUCUAUUCUUAUGCAAGUGAGGGGUAGAAAAGGGUUUUUGGGAGCAACUAUACCUGAUAAGGUGAAACUCUUCUGCUGUCAGUGUUUGAACCUGCAAAUUAAAUCUAUUGACAUAUUAACUUCAGUGUGCAUCUAGUUUUUGACAAGUACUAAUCUAAGUUACUUCUGUCUUGGUCAAUUUUUCUCUUUUGGGAAGUGAUUUGCAAAUAUAUACCGUAAGUCACUUUAGAAGCAUAUAUAUCCAGCCAAAAGUGCAUACUACCUUAUGGAGAUCCUCGAGGGUUAGAAGCUGCAGAUUAAGAUGUAUCCAAUAACCUCUUUCAGUCCCAGCGGCUGACGCAAUUGGUUUGUUUCCUCUGCAAUCCAACAUAUCUUGAUUGGAAUUUUUGUCACGAACUACAUCAAGAAAAUCUCUGAAUUUCAGCUAUCCAUGAUGAGAUUCUAGCUGACAUGAAUGGUGGCUAACUUAACAUUUGACACGUUUCAGAUAGCUAUGAACCGAGUAAUAUAAGAGUUUAACCCUAUCUCCUUCAACUUGAAGUGCCAACUCUCUGCUCAUUUUCACUGAUUUAGCUUCUAUAAUGGCUACAACAUCUUCUGAGGUUGGCCAAGUACAAUCCAAUAACAGAAAAAGUUUCACAAGUGUGAAAGCACUCCCUGAAUCACCACAACUCACUUCCCUCCCACCUUCGUACACUUACACCGCCAAUUCAGAUGAUGAGAUAGUGACAGAUCCAGAAGAUAUGCUGCAUAGAUGUAGCAUGCUAAAUGUAAGAUACGAUAAGUCCAAGAUACAUAUUUAGGUAUUUAUAAAGAAAUCAUAAAGCAUGAUAAGCAUAUACUUCAAAUCUGUGUUAGUUAGAUAACUGUUGGUGAUGUUAAAUGCAGAAGAAGUUGUAUUAUGUAGUAACGAAGAUAUUCUGUAUGCUAAAUUUGGAAUGUUUUUGCUGUUAAGGGAAGCAUUAGCAGAGUAAGAAGAACCUGAAAACUGGGAAAGGAACCACUGAGAAAGCUUGGGAUUGAGAGUCAAUUACAUGGAGAUAGUGUUAGAUGUUAAGAUGUGUGUUUAUGUUAAUUGGGCUCAGCCCAUUCUGUAUUAAGGGCCUUGACCCAUAUUUUACAUUAUAAAUAAACUACCCUGUGUAUGCAAAAUACAUCAGGGAGAUUUCUCCUAA